GCUCCGUAAUAUUGUUCGAUAUUUGAUUUAAAAGAGCUUGAAAUUAAGCUGACAAUAAGGCUAUACUUCCACUAACUAUUUCGGUUUUGAUUUUGUGAAUUGGAGACAAAAAUGGCCAAUAAAUUGUGUGGAUCCUGCGGUAAAGCGGUGAAUCGUCAGAGACCCGGUCUACAAUGUAGUAGUUUUUGUAACCGAUUUUAUCACGGAGAAUGUGUUGGUGUUGUUGGUCAACAACUUGAUAAUCUUCGUAUCGAGGGGAUUUCGUGGACAUGCCCACAUUGCCGGGGUCGCACCCGCGCGUCCUUUGCGGGACCUCAAGCGAGUGUGUCGGAGGAUUCACCGAUCGGUGACUCAUCUCUGGGGACACUGGAGGAAAUUCGCACGGAGCUGAGGAUGAUCCGGGAGCAACAGGCGUUGCUGCUGGAAUCCGUUAAUUUCUGCAGCAACAAAAUUUCCGAUUUUGAGGUUGAGAUUUCGAAGAUGAAUAAUUAUAUUAAGAUAACUGACCAAUUGUCAAAUGAGAACGCCAUGAUGAAGAAAGAGCUUGAAGAAUUGCGGGAGAGAAUCAACGACACCGAACAGGUUUCUCGUUUAAACAACGUAGAAAUACAGGGUGUCCCUGAAAAAAGAGACGAGAAUCUUUUUAAAAUCUUAGAGAAAAUUGGAGAGCACAUUAAUUAUGAAAUGACAUCAUCUGUCAUCGACUAUGCUAAUAGAGUUCAGACCAAUCGGAAUUCAGAGCGAAAUCAGGGAAGGAAUAUAAUAGUACGUUUCACUUCACGCAGGGAGCGGGAUAGAUUUCUCAUGGCGGCUAAGACUAAACGCAUGGAAAAUAAUGGAAACCCGAAGUUAUCAUUGGUUAAUGUGUCUGAGGCAUUUUAUAUCAAUGAGCAUUUAACAUUGGCAAAUAAACUUUUGUUCAAGGAUGUCAGACUUGCAGCUAAAGCUAAGGACUAUAAAUACGUGUGGGUUAAAAAUGGUGCUGUAUUCUAUAGGAAAGAUGAUGCCUCCAAAAUUGUUCUGGUGUUAUGGAUAAGUUGCUAGUUUACGGACAAAAUGUUAAUGGUUUACGCUCAAAAACUGCAGAAUUUAAGCUCAAUACACAGAACAUUUGUGCGGAUGUUUAUCUCAUUACUGAGACUAAUUUGUGUGGUGGAAUAACAGACUCCGAGAUCUUUGACUCAUCACAUUAUAGUGUUUUUCGUAGAGACCGUGAAAAUGCGGGAUGUGCUGGAAAUAAAAAGUCCGGUGGUGGUGUACUAAUAGCUGUACGAAACAACAUUUCGGUUGUUCAGCAGUCGCGAUAUCAGAGUGAUGCUGAGGAUGUGUGGAUUACCAUGUUCGACAAUCAUAAUAAUUGGAAGCUACACAUAUGUUGCGUCUAUCUACCGCCAAGAAAUGACUAUGCUAGGACAUGCUUCACCAGUAGACUUCAGAUAAACCUGGACCUCCUCGGGGGUGAACCAAUGCUUAUAUAUGGUGACUUCAAUUUUCCUCACAUUGAAUGGAACUCCAGUGAUUGCGGUUCAUAUUUUAUUCCAACAAAUAUCGAUAAUACAAACUCGACCUUGAUAGAUCUCUUAGCCUUUGCAGAGUUCUCACAGCACAAUUUCAUAAAGAAUAUAAAUGAAAGAAUACUUGACUUGGUCUUUUGUACAAAAGUUGAAGUUUCAAAUCUGAAUGAAUGUGAUAUUGCUUUAGUUACUCCU